AUGGACCACUGUGUGUGUAAAAGACAACCCAAGGAGGAGGAAGAGGAGGAGGAGGAGGAGGAGGAGGAGGAGGAGGAGGAGGAGGAGGAGGAGAAGGAGGAGGAGGAGGAGGAGGAGGAGGAGGAGGGGUGCGAGGGGGGCGAGGGGGGCGAGGGGGGCGAGGGAAGCGAGGGAGGCGAGGGGGGCGAGGGGGGCGAGGGGAGCGAGGGGGGCGAGGGGGGCGAGGGGGGGGAGGGGGGGAGGGGUGGGAGGAGGAUGGGGAGGGGAGGGGAGGGGAGGGGAGAGGGGGGAAGGGGGGAGAGGAGGGGGAGGAGGCGGGGGAGGAGGGGUAGGGGGGAAGGGGGGGAAAGGGGGAUGAGGGGGGUGAUGGGGGUGAAAGGGGGGAGAGUGGGGGGAGAGGGGUGA